CUUGUGGUAGGUGGUGUAAAAACGAGCUGCCGUUCAGUAAACUUUACCUAUCUUUGGUCAUGUAAUUACCGAGGCGAUGAUCGGCGUUCCUAUACAGGAGCUGCUUCUUUUUACGUUUCCAGUCAUCUUGUCUCUGAUUACCCAAGGCGUUUGCUUGGAAGAGUGGGUGGCAGGCGUCCACACGGCAGGCUUUGGGUCGUCACCUAAGCACGACAUCAAGAGGGUGCUCGCCGUCGACGACCUGCGAGACUGCCACUGUCCCCCCAGCACGCUGGUAUGCGCAGGCCCUGGCGGAGGAUGUCUUUGUAUUCACCGACACCAGCGCUGCGACGGUCACUGGGACUGUACCUACGGGGAGGACGAACAGCGAUGCGCUAAAGCUCCUUGUUCCGACGGCUUCGCGUGUCAGGACGGACAAUGUCUGCUCCACGAGCAGGUGUGCGAUGGAGUGGAGCAGUGCAGUGAUGGCGCUGAUGAGAGGUUGUGUGAGCGCCGCGAGCCCAACCAGCACUGCACGCAGCCUGGGCAGUUCAACUGCUCGGACGGCACCUACUGCAUCACGUCCAAGUGGCUCUGCGAUGGAGACGCCGACUGCAAGGAUAAUUCCGAUGAAGAAAACUGCAAUGAAUGCGACCACAACCUUUUCUUCACUUGUCGUGACGGAACGUGCAUCGAGUGGUCCUGGGUGUGCGACUCUACGAAGCACUGUCCCGACGGCUCCGACGAGAACACUUGCCACAGCGUAAGCACCCCGGUGUGCGGGACCGGGGAGCGGCCGUGUGGGCUCUCAGGGCCGUGUUUGAAAGAACGUUUCUGGUGCGACGGAAGGAAUGACUGCGGCGACUGGCUGGACGAGGCACUUUGUGACAACGCCUCCUACUGCGCCGCCGACCACUUCAGAUGCGGCAACAAAGAAUGUAUUCAGAACGCGUGGGUUUGCGACGGCAGCGCCGACUGCCUGGGAGCGGAGGAUGAGACGAACUGCACCCUCCCUGACCACUACCCUCCUCAUCAGGUAGACGACUGCCCUGACGACCACCUCAUGUGUCUGACGAAGUGUGUACCGCCCGAGCACCUCUGUGACCGCAAGGCAGACUGCCUGCUGGGGGAGGACGAGUUCGGGUGUUCCUCUUUCACUUGUCCCCCCAGCAGCUUCAGGUGCAACUCCACGGGCGCCUGCAUUGAGCUCGGGCAGGUCUGCGACGGUCGACAAGAUUGUCUCCGGGGCGAAGACGAGCGCGACUGUGAGCCCACGUCCUGCUCGUCUCUGCCGUGCUCCGAGAGCUGCGGCGUCAACCGCGAGGGGGCGGCGCGCUGUCUUUGCAGGCCAGGCUUCUCCCUCGCCCGCGACAACCGCACUUGCAUGGACGUGGACGAGUGCGCUGAGUUUGAGCCGUGUUCCCAGACGUGCGUGAACACUCCGUCGUCUUACAAGUGUUCCUGCGCUAUAGGCUACAGGCUGCGCCCUGACAAGUCCACCUGCAAGGCUGAAGGCGCCCACGCACAGAUCAUAUUUGCUACUAACCAAGAUAUUCGACAGCUCUCCCUGGACGGACAGGAGUACAUGCCUCUGGCGGAGGAGCUCCACAACGCCAUCGCACUGGACUUCCACUUCAGGCGUGACCAGCUCUUCUGGAGCGAUGUCCUCCUCAGCGCCAUCAUGGUCGCCCACCUCAACGGCACCAACAGCAAAGCUAUCGUCCGGUGGGGUCUGAGCAAACCCACUGGUCUGGCUGUGGACUGGCUUAACGACCACAUCUACUGGCUCGAUUCGAGUACAUUGAGACUUGAAGUCUCUGAGCUGGACGGUGCCAACCGCACGCCGCUGCUGUGGUCGGGGAUGGACAACCCGCGAGCCCUGGUCGCCUACCCUGCCAAAGCUAUGCUCUUCUGGACCGACUGGGGCAACAAAGCCAGGAUCGAACGCAUCUACAUGGAUGGGUCUGGUCGCAAGGCUGUGAUUUAUGAGAACAUUUUCUGGCCCAACGGCAUCACCAUCGACUACCCUACCAACACCAUCUACUGGGUCGACGCCAAGAAGUCUACGGUCGAGUGCGCCGAUCUUGACGGACUAGAGCGGAAGACUAUCAACGUGUACCCCGUGGCUCACCCGUUCGGAGUGACGCAGUUCGAGGACAACCUCUACUGGACGGACUGGCAGAGCAGCAGCAUCCAGAGCAUGAACAAGAAGACUGGCAUGAACCUGCAGAUGCUGCGCACCCACAUUCCUUUCCCCAUGGACAUCAAAGUAGUGCACCUGGCGCGACAGCCCAUCCCGGUGCACAGCGAGCGCCGCGGUUGUUCCAUCAACAACGGCCGCUGCACGCACCUCUGCUUACCAGGCCCUGCCAGCUACUCCUGUCACUGCCCGCAUGGUCUGCUGUUGCAGCCUGACGGUCGAAACUGCAGCUCGUUCCCGAACCAGCUUCUGCUCUUCACGCAAUCCAACAACAUCAGAAUGAUCUCCCUGAGCAACGAUACGAUCGCAAAAGCACCUCUUAGCACUUCUCCCCUUCACUCUGAGCCGUUCAUCACCCCUCCGAAGGGCGGUGCAAGUACUGUAGAGAGAGAUAAUCAGGACAGACAUUCUGACCCUAACCUCAUGAACAAUGUGGUGCCGGUGGACAGCGUCAGGAAUGCGCUGGCCAUAGACUUUGAUGACCGCCAUGACAUGCUUUAUUGGACGGACGUGGGCGCUAAGACCAUCAGCCGAGCGCAUCUGAACGGCUCAUCGCAGGAGCUUAUAGUGCAGCACAAUUUAGAGUUCCCCGGAGGCAUAGCGGUGGACUGGCUCAACGACAAAGUCUACUGGACAGACGACGGAGCGAACCGCAUCGAAGUGGCCAACUUGGACGGGUCUCAGCGCUCCCUGCUGGUCUGGCAGAACCUGGACCGCGUCAGGGCCAUCGUCGUCUGCCCUCAAGAGGGUUUGAUGUUCUGGACGGAGUGGGGGGAGGAGCCGCGGAUCGAACGCGCCCACAUGGACGGAAGCAACCGCACCAUCAUCGUCUCCUCGGACGUUCGGUGGCUCAACGAUCUCGCCAUCGACCACGACUCCCGGCAGCUGUAUUGGCUCGACGCCUGGUCCAGGAAAAUUGAAGUCUCUGACUUCAAUGGCAAAGGACGGACCACUGUUGUUGAUCACCUGACUCACCCAUUCGGACUAGCGGUGUUCGACGCCUGGCUGCUGUGGACGGACUGGGGCACGUCCAGAAUUACUGCCGUCCUCAAGUCCAACACUGACGGACGGCACGUUCUUGUUGAUUCGCCGCCGGGGAACGGGCGACGCAAGGCUCCCGCAUCGUCAUCGUUCAGUGAGAGGAUGCAGGACAUGUCACGUCUGAUGGAGGUGCGAGUGUUCCACCGCAAUCGCCCAAAGCUUCCACACCACGCCUGCAUCGGCGCUCCAUGCACCCACAUCUGCCUCCUCAGACCUAACGGCUUUACUUGUGCCUGCCCUACUGGCAUCAUACUGCAGGCCGAUGGAAUUACUUGCGCUGACCGUCCCGAGAAGGAGAUCUUGUUGGCGCAGCUAAACAUGAUACGGAGCAUCUCCCUGGACACCCCCUACGUGGUGGACGUGGUACUACCUCUCCCUCACCUCCACAACGUCGUCGCAAUUGCCGUCGAUGGUCAAACUGGCGACCUGUUCGUAUCUGACACGGGCGCGGGUGUGAUCUACCGCUGCUCGGGCCACCGCUGCCAGAGGAUCAUCACCUCUGCGCUGGGGCGUGUCGAAGGCAUCACCGUUGACACCACCACCAGAAAAUUGUACUGGACUGACGAGAGCAGACAUUCGUUGGAGGUGAGUGAGCUGAAUGGCACCCGUCGCCGGGUGCUCUUCACUGAUCUGGGCAACCCUCGAGGCAUCGUCACCCACUUCCCCACCGGAGCCCUCUUCUGGAGUGACUGGAACGAGCAAAAUCCCCGCAUCGAAAAAUCUUACAUGGAUGGCCAGAACAGAACUGUCUUGGUUGACACGGACGUCGCCUGGCCAAACUGUCUGACCAUCGACUGGGAGCGAAACGAGCUUUUCUGGACAGACGCAAAAACUAACAAAAUAGAAGCAUUGGCCUUAGAUGGAUCGAAGCGGAGAACUGUUCUCAAAUACUCAGUGCCGCACCCGUACGGCAUCGCGGUGCUGGACGAGUGGCUGUACUGGACGGACUGGAGCGACAAGAGCCUCCAGCGCGCGCUCAAGGCAUCCGGCGAGCGAAACUCGACCGUCAAGCGCAGCAUGAAAGCGCCCAUGGAUGUCGUCACGUGGCCGUUGCCCGGAACGUCGCUGCAGUCGUCAUGUUCCCGCAACAACGGACAUUGCUCCCAUCUCUGCCUGCGCACUCCGCAGGCACAUUCCUGUGCCUGUCCCACGGGACUUGUACUCAAGGACGGGCGAUCGUGUUCUGGAGAGCCGACGCACUACCUGGUGUUCGGUGGGAAGAAUUAUCUCGGGCGCAUCUCGAUGGACACGAAGCCUUUCUGGGAUGUGGGCCUCGAGGUGCCCGGCAUCAAGCAUCCCGUUGCGCUCGACGUGCACUACAAGACGCAGAAACUCUAUUACACCGACGCCGAUAAAGACGCCAUCUUUGUGGUGUCACUAAACAACCUGAGUUACCCUGAAGUCCUGCUGGACACCUACAUCAACUCCCCAGACGGGCUGGCGGUCGACUGGAUCGCCGAGAACUUGUAUUGGACCGACGCUGGACGCAAGUGCAUCGAAGUUGUUCGGCUCACGAGGCUCUCCAGAAAAGUCCUCAUCGACGAAGACCUCCAGGAACCGAGAGCAAUUGCCGUCUUUCCCAGUAAAGGGUUCUUAUUUUGGAGUGACUGGGGCGAGAACGCGUCGAGGAUCGAGCGGUCGUACCUGGACGGUUCACACAGAACCGUGAUCGUCAACACGAACAUCGGGUGGCCCAACGGCCUCGCGCUGGACUACAAGUCGGAGCGUCUCUUCUGGAUCGACGCGCAAGAGAAGCGCCUCGAGAGCUGCGACCUGGAGGGCGAGAGACGCCAAGUUCUUGUGACCGAUCUGCCCCAUCCUUUUGGACUUGCUUUAAUGAACUCGUUCGUGUACUGGACGGACUGGAACCGCAGUAGCAUUGAAAUGGCGGAUAAAAUAUUCGGCAAGCCUCAGGCGGUCAUCAGGACCGACAUCAGGGAGCCCAUGGAAAUAGUUUCGAUCCGUAGCGACCUGCAGGAAGGCAGCAACAGCUGCGGCCACGAGAACGGCGGCUGCACGGACCUCUGCCUGUACCGGCCCGAGGGCGGGCACGUGUGUGCCUGUGGGGACGAGCCGGACCCUCACUGCUCCACUGAGAAAGGAGGGGCGAAAAUCGCCGGAGUCUUGGACAAAGACAGCGAAUCUAAAGGUUCGCUGCCGUCUUGGCUGCUGCUGGUGUUGACAGUAACGCUCGCCUUGAUCCUGCUGCUGGCCACCGUCGCUUGUUGCAUUAGGAGUCGUCAGCAGAAGAUGGAACUUAGCAUCGCUCCUCCUCCUAUAGACGGCGGAUCUCUGACUUACACCAACCCAAGCUACACAGCGUCGCACUCCGACAUGUCGUGCGAGCGACGGCCUUUCACCUGGCGCCGGCUGCACCAUCCGGACAACCCGCAGGGUCGCUUGUUCGACGAGAAGGCCGAGGUGGCAGCUUUGAUCAGCGAAGGCAGCAGCGUGGAGCAUGAGAGUCCUCCUCCAACUCCCCCCAAGCACUCAGCCUCCUAGCAUCAAGCCCCAGGGGGUGUGGUCGUUACUCCACCUCCCCACUACACUUUUUCCGAGAGUGAUGCACUCGAUAAGGUUUCUCACUUCGAUCCACUGGAAGGAGACGCUCAGUGGAGGGGUUCACGCUCGUCGCUGGUCAUGCUCAACUUGCCCAUAGCUUCAUCACACUUCGCCCCGUCUAUCAAACCUCGAGAUCUUGCUAAACGACAUUAGGUUGACGUGAAGUAGCUUUCUCUUAGUAGUAAACUUCCAAGAUUUAUUUCAUUUUUUUGAGAAGAUGAGCAAUGUUGACCACAAGAACUUUACUGACGAGAAGUGCAUUUAACUGAAAACGACUCCAGUGAAAUGACUUUGGUAAAAGCGAAUUUCCUGUACUAUUCAUACUUUUUCUUCCAGUUAGACACACGUGUGCCAAAAUGUGUGCCACUUUUAUUUUAAGCUUUAAUUAAUUUAUCUAUAAAUUUCACUGCACGUGUCACGAUGCACAUGCACUUGAUUUAUCUCAAAAACACUUGUGAGAAAAUCAGUCAAAAAUUUUUAACGAAAAAUUUGCAGCUUGGACGGAGCCCUGAAACUUCUACUGAGGGAGGACUUCAGUCGUGCUGCUUCUGCUGCACAGGCUCUCGGCCUCAGCCUGCAAGUGUUUGAAAAUAUCAAAAUCAUUGGAUAUUUUCUCAGAAUGAUUUAAAAAUACUUUAGGUGUCAAAGUUUGGUCACCUCUACUAGGGUUCCUGUAAUUUAUUUACAACUCAGUGACGGCAUGAACAUUGUACUUGCUAUUAAUUAACUGAGAAGGUAGCUAAUGCCAUCACCAAAAUAACUUAUUACGGACAUUAUGUUCAUGCUAUUUCCUCUCAAAAAAAAGCCUUUAUUACAAAAAUAGCUUUUAUUAUUACAGAUAAAGUUACCACUUGUGGUGUUUUCUUGUUUCCAGUUGGAUAUAAGGUGUCAUAAAUCACUGAUUUUAUAGGCUUUUAUCACGUGACUGUUUUUUAUCGAGGAUCGUUGACAACAGUUUGGUCAUCAUCGUAUAGUCGCAGGAUAAUUCUAACUUUAUCCUUAACGUUGCUUGUUUUCCCCAACUACGCUGAUAAUCGUGAAUGCGGUGCAGAAAACGAUAUGAUCGUCUUAGUGACUAACGAUGAUGCUAUUAUUUGACCUAUGAUCGUGAAUGCUGUACAGAAAACGAUAUGAUCGUCUGAGUGACUAACGAUGAUGCUAUUAUUUGACCUAUGAUCGUAAAUGCUGUACAGAAAACGAUAUGGUCGUCUGAGUGACUAGCAAAGAUGCUAUUAUUGAGAGCAUCUUGACCUUGAUCGAUCCACCUCUCACGCUCCUUGUAAGUCAGAGUCUUGACUAUGAUAAGCUUAAGGUUAUAUUCAUAAGAGAUUAUAUUUGUACUUCGCAAGCAAUUUAAUUUCUUGUGAAGCAUUGUAUUUUUGUAGAAAAAUAAUUAUUAUACAUGAAGACAAUAUAUGUGCGGUGUUUUUAAGUAGGUUUAACUAAGAGUUUUUUUAUGAUUCAAGUAUUCACUGAAGUGAACUGUGCGAGUAUUAAUAAUUGUGAACCAUUUACUCUGAUUAUGAACUUGUUGACGCGAAGGUUCGACGAAGUGAAUAGCGUAAGUACCAAUAAAGUAUGACCCAUCACGUCUGACAAUGAUCGUGAGUCUUUUUACAUACGUGGUAGCGAAAUUUUAGAAUUCCAUGCAUUUUUAAAUCGUGUAUAUUUACUGCUUUGCUAACGCAUUAAUUCAAUACACAUAAACAAACUUGUACACAGGGAUAAUAUACAAAUUCUGGAAUUAAUCAAGUGAUUACACGAAAUUUUAUAUAUUUUAGCUGUUCAUGGAAAAAAUGUCUGGCUUAUGGUGUCGCAAAUUGUAGUGGUGCGCGCCUCUCAUGCUAAUUAAUUAAUUAAUUAAGACGAGGUCAACAAGUGCUCAACGUACCAGAAAAUUUUGUAAUCCCACUUUAUUGUUGUCAUAGAAAGAUCGUAGUGUGCAUUCGAGCUGUAGAUUUGUUACCUAGCAAUCUUCUGGUGUAUAGGCGCUCGCAUCUCCCGGGCUGGAGACUACAUCUGGUCUCGCGAGUUCUUGGUGAAUAUCUGGCUUCAUAUUUAUAAGUAAAAAAUUGGUUGGCUUGUAGAUUUGGUUGUUGAACAUCGAUUAGUUUUGAGUAUUUUGGACCUGUUCUCAAAGAUUUUCACGCGUUGAUCUUACGCUCGAAAAUUAUUAGAGUGAUUCUAUCGUGUGAAAUAACGAAGCCUACUAAGUUUACGUUCAAAAACCAUUCCGGUUUUUUAUUCUUAGUUUUGAAUUUAUUUUUGGAAAAAAGAAAAUUAUAUCAUAAUUAUUGUAUCCUUAAAAAUUGGAAGCAGCCAGCUUCGAUUUAUUUCCGUAAAUAUCCUCGGUAGAUUCAAAUAUCUUUCUUUUGAAUAUAAUGAAUGUAAUGAUCAGUUGUUUUAACGCUUGUUUAGCUGCGCUUAAGCUGCGAACGUCAUUUUUUGAGAAAUAAAGUUGACUUUAAUUAGGGUAAACUUAAUGCACAUUCAGUCAAAUGAGUCAUCUGAGAAAGAACUCGCAAGCUCGAAAAAUAUAUUAGGUAUAUUAGUUUCCAGGAGUCCUUCAAGAGCCGGUGCUUUUUUUCUAAAAAAAAAAAUUUUUUUGUGGGACAAGCAUUCACAGUAGAGUCCUGACUCGCGUAUUUCGAUGUGUUUUCAAGUUAAGAGAGGACUUGUGGCUCCGGUUCUGUGGCGAACUCUGCUUCACUCCGUUAAAUUAUUCUUAAUAAUCACCAUAAAGGAAUGAUCCAUCCGGCCUGGCCUAACGUUUGUGAUGACGGCAAUUGAUAAUAAAUUGAUUUCAAACAUAGGCGCAAUGGUUUCAUCGAGUCAAGAGUUUUCAUAUGCAAUGUUUCUUUCGGAAAACAAAUCGAAACUCUGGAAAAAAGGUAUGAUUAAUAUAUCUAAAGUAUUUUAUUUUAUAUUUUAUUUAAUGUCUCAUGACAACCAAAUUCCUAAUUUAAUGAGCUCCAGGGAACCGAAUGCGCUUAGGUUUGUGUAAAAUUUUUCUUUGUAGGGACCACUAAUAAGGUAAGGGGCUUGGUAGACGCAACUGGCACGGCAAUGACGUUGGAAUAACGUUUACUUAAAGUUGAUUCAACGAAACGACGUUCAAUGUAACGUAUUUUUAACGUCAGAUGUAUGGUGGCAAUGUUCAAUAAGCUGCACACUUGCGUGUCUUAGCUUAGCUUCACAUAGCGAAGAUGCUAGACUGCUUCUGACUAACUAGCGUGUCGAGCCAAGCAUUGAAGCUCACGAGUGGAAUGAGUGCAGAGACUACUGAACAAAUUGCCGAGCCUCUUAGAAGAAAGCACAAUGAAUUUUAUAGAAAGCUGCGUAUGAAAUUGCUUAUGAGAAAAUAAUCAUCACAGAAUGUGAUGACGUGGUAGGUAUUCACGUGUUACAAUAGGCAUGGUGUAAGCGAAGCAGUUGUUUCCAUGCCCGUUAGCAAAGCUCUUGGUUGAUGUCCGUACUGCACCAACUCGUUGAUAUCUGGCACUCAAGCUGUUGAUGUUCUUUCAAAGUAUAUAAAUAUAUAUAAUAUAAUCUUAGAUAUAUUUGAAUAUUUUUUGCGCAUUCCUCGACAUGUAUCAACAAAGGGAAGUAUAAAGUGUGAAGUCGGUCGAAUUUACAUAGUUCGUCGCGCCAAAAUCAGAGUUCAAGUUGACGGACACUCUGAUAUUCGUAUAAAAUGUGACCUGCUGAUUAGUGAAUAAUUAAUUAGCUUGGGUCUUCAUUUAUUUGUUUUGUACAGCGCUGAAAAGUGCCGCUGCAGCAACGGUCUAAUCCAUUGCCUAACUGUUGCGUAGAUUGUUGCGUGUUUUAAUAAUAGAUGGUCACUUCAUCAUUAUUUUGGUUUAACCUCUCGCAUUAAUUAGCAGUAUUACAGUGCGCAUCUUAUCUAUCAAUCGAUAAAUAUUUUCAUAAAUAGUGAUAAUACCGAUUUAUAUUAAAGUUAGAAUUAAUACUUUUUUUGUUGUAAGCUGUUAUUGGUUGUAUAUGUUGUCAGAUUCUAAUAUUCGUAUACAAUAGCUAUUAAAUACAAUAUUUUAUCACUCCUUACUGUGCUACGAUGACUCGAUUUUUACGACCACGAUCCAACCUCUCAAUAAUUCCACGCAUAUACUACCUAUAAGAUUAUUCCUCUGUGAAUUACUCGCGAGAAAUUCAUGUCAAAUUCAUCAUUAAAUCGAGGAUUGCUAUUAAUUAUUGAGUUCAAAUCUGAAUUGGCGUGAUCGAAUUUAAUUCUUGCACAUUUGUUGGAGAGUAUGAAGUUCCUGAAGCUGUGAAAAUAAAGUGUUUUUGCCGCCUCAUGACUGCACAAAUUAUUCCAAUGAUGAACAUCUAAAAGACUGCGAGUCUCAAUAUUAUAUACGGUCUCAACAUUAAAAUAUUGAGACUGCCUAUAUACGGUCUCAACAUUAAAAUAUUGAGACUGCCUAUAUACGGUCUCAUCACUAGAAUAUUGAGACUGCCUAUAUACGGUCUCAACAUUAAAACUUGCCAAAGAUAAUCGUAUUCGCUCUCUCACGAUAUAAUGUUACUGAUAAUAAUACUUCAACAUCCAGAUUCUUCACAAAAAAAAUUUUCAUUAUCGGAAAGUGUUUACAAUUUUCAUUUUGAACUGUCAUUUCCAACUUUAUCCAAAUUAAGUGAUUUUAUAUUCAUUGCAUUUCAUUCAAGACACAUUUUUCUCAUAUCUAUACUUUUUUAUUCUUCUCAUUCUUUCUCAAUAAAACAUCGAGAAAAGUAUCACUGUACUUAUAGACUCUUUCCUCGAUAUACGAUAUAACCCUGGAGCUGACCGCCUUAGUUAAACUUUAAAUAACUUUGACUCUUAUCAGCAUGUUUGUAUUGGCAUGUCAAUCAUGAAUAAGUCUGUGUUAUCGUCGAAAUUUAUUAAUUAAAGUUCAUACAUUUUCAUACAGGAUUGUGAGUUUUUAAUUUUGGCUCAUAUUAUGUGUAACUAUUAGUUUAUGAUCGAAAUGUUUUUUCCACAGAGUUUCGUUCGAGUUUAACGCAUUUUGAUUUUCAUGUGUUACAUCACCAGUAGGGUGGAUGACUAAUUACAAGCUAGACCCAUUAUCUCGUAUCGCUGACUUAUUCAGCUUUACCGCAAGGACCAAUGCAAAAACAAUAAAAGCAUAAUAAAUUAACAAUAUAUAAACAAGUUAGAAGACUAACUUGACCUAACUGAGUUACCUGUCUUGCACCACUUUCUACGUUGUUCACUAACAGCUUUUAUCAGAACUUCAUUGCAGCAAAAGCAGCUACCAUUAUCAGCUCUGAGUCACCAGCAUCAUUAAGUGUCUCUACUCUCGUCGCUUGUAAUGCGUUGUUUUUUUUCGAAUUUAUAUCCACCGAGGUAUAAGAGAAUUAUUGUUCCCUUAUUCUAAAAAAAUUACCCUUAAUUGAAAACUUCAAAAUUUUAUUAGAAA